CACACAUUGACACACUCAUACACAACAAAUUUACUUACUCAACAACUCAACAUUCUCUCAUAUUUUUUACUCUCUCGAUAUGUCUAAUUGUUGAUAUACAAAUAACUCACAUAAAUAAUUUUAUCCAAAUGUGACAUAUAUUAAAUUCCAAAGAAAGCCAUUUAAUAAACCAAGUUAAUACAUAAAAAGGUGUAUGUGAAAUAAGCGGCCAGGGAAGGGAAAAAAAUUUUUUUUUCACUCACAUUUAAUAUAAUAAAUAUUUCAUCAAACAGCAGUACGACAAUGUGAUAACCUAUAAUUUGUAUCAAUUAAUUCCACAAUUAUAACUUAUUUUUGUUUCUUUACUACAAUAUGUUUAGUCUUGUACCUAUAAAGCAAGAGUAUUCAAGUGUUGAAGAAGAGAAUCAAUCGGCAUCAAAUGGUUUACAGAAUAAUCUACACCAUCACCAUCAUCAUCAUCAUCCUCAAGAGUAUCCUCCGCCCUUAUUUACACACCAAGACGUCGAAUACAUGUAUCGCCAAUUACCACAAUUUUGGAGUCAAUCCCAAAUGCAAUCAGCCGCAGCUGCAGCAGGGCAUAUUGAUGCAUCAUUAAAUAAAACUACCGGUCAACAUAAUUUAACACAACAUUCCGAAAGACUACCCGGACCAUCAUAUAUCCACCAGGAAACAGUGUACACCCAAGACCCAAAAGGGACGCGCGAGCACCCAGCAUGUUUGCCAUCAUCAGAAAGUUCUCAAAUUCUCCUCUCACCACCGCCGAUUCCAGCGCACUCUAUGGCGAACCAUACCAUAGCAUUCAUGCGUUCUCAAUCAUUUCCCGUUCGUCACAACGGUCCGGGAAGGCCGCCCAAAAACUCGUUAAUAAUCCCCACCCUAACCCCACUUGGAACCGCGUUCCCCCGACCAGGUCAUAUGGUUAACCCCUCGGUUCCUGGAACAACCUCCAGCCCGUCAACGACCACAGGAACAUCAACCAUAGACACCACGUCAACCCUAGACGCGAGCAGUUCCCGGAACUCUGAUACGUCUACCCCGGGAUUGCCGGGAACACCUGGGCCCGGAUUGCCUGGAACCCCCGGGCCUUCUGGGCCCAAUGGUCCUAACGGACCGAACGGACCUAACGGUCCUAAUAGUGGUUCCGGGAACCCAGGUGGCAGCACCAGUAGUUCCACUGCAGCUUCCCCGGCAAAAAUAAAGCCAAAGUGCCAGUGUGAAGUUUGCUACAAAGAAUUCGGCCACAAAAGCAACCUAUUUAUCCACAUGCGCACUCACAAUGGUGAGCGACCAUACAAAUGUAAUCAAUGUGAUAAAUGUUUUACCCACAGUGGUAAUUUGGCUAUUCAUAUGCGCACGCACUCUGGUGAGCGGCCAUACGCUUGUCAAAUUUGCGGUAAAAUGUUCAGCCACUCUGGUAACUUAUCAACACAUUUACGCACGCACUCUGGUGUUAAACCGUACAAAUGCAGUGUUUGCGGCAAAGAAUUCCGCCAUAGUGGUAACCUAUCGAUACACGAACGUAUUCAUUCUGGAAUUAAGCCAUUUCAGUGCAAAAUUUGUGGAAAAGAAUUUUAUCACAGCGGUAAUUUAACGACGCAUAUGAAAAAACACCCCAUGGAUAAAGAUAGCCUGGGCCCAGGACCUGUUGGUAGAGGACAUGGUCAUCCAAUUGUGGUUGAUGAUCAACAGGUUGAAGUUCAAAUUGAUGGGUCAAGUCAAAUGGAUGCUGUUAUGGAUUCUACUAUGGAUGAAGAAGAGAGGUUGGAUCCCAGUGCUGCUUGUUCCGCUGAAAUUUCUGAGGCGGAUGAACAUGAGGCUGAACGUGUGUAUGAACCCUCUAGUUAAUGGCAAUAAUUUUUAAGGUUAAUAUUACUGACAUAAAUAUACAUUUAAUAACAGCCAAUAAAUUAUUUUUUAAUAAU